AUGGCAAGUAGGCGGUAUACUGCUGAACAGGCAUAUGCCCUCCUGUGCUCGGACAGCGAACCUGAGUUGGGCUCAGAAGAUGAGAAUUUCAUCUGUGACAGUGAAAGUGACACUUCAGGCAGCUCUUCUGACCAUGAAAGGCCUGUUAAUAGCAGGCAGCAAGAGGAUGUACAGGGUAGCACCCCAUCAGUUGCACAGCCGCUGUACACCUCUCAGUGGAUACCAGCGAGCUCUUUCACCCCUCAAAUACCAACAUUUAUAGCCUCACCAGGCAUAAAUAUCAAUGUUGAAAAUUUUGGCCCUGUGGAUUUCUUCAAGAUAUUUGUGGAUGACGAGCUCCUACAACACAUGGUUGAUCAAACUAAUCUUAAUGUCACCCAGUUUAUAGCAAAACACCCGACAUCUUCUCACAGGAAGAGAUGGGUGCCAACACACCUUACAGAAAUGAAAAUUGUACUGGGUUUGUUACUCAACAUGGGCCUAGUCCGAAAGCCUAAAAUUCGGCAGUAUUGGGCCUCUAGUCCCAUCCAUGCCACCCCAGCUUUUCCUUCAGUUAUGUCAAGAGACCGCUUUGAAGCAUUGCUGCGCUUUAUGCAUUUUAAUGAUAAUUUGCAGUGUCCCCCAAGCAGUGACCCCACAUAUGACCGACUGUUCAAACUGCGGCCCCUAAUUUAUUUUCUGUCUAAGAAAUUUGCAGCGGUUUAUACCCCGGACAAAAAUAUCUCUAUUGAUGAAUCCCUGAUGAAUUUUAAAGGCCGACUGCAUUUUAGGCAGUUCAUACCAUCCAAACGUGCCCGGUGUGGCAUAAAAUUUUACAAACUGUGCGAAAGCACAACAGGAUAUACAUAUGGAUUUCUGAUCUAUGAAGGGCGGGACAGACAUAUCAACCCCCAGGGCUGCCCAGACAAUCUUGGAGUCAGUGGGAAAAUUGUCUGGCAACUGAUCCAACCUCUGCUUCACCAAGGCUACAACCUUUACGUCGACAAUUAUUACAGCAGUGUGACACUUUUUAGAUCUCUCCAUGCUGCUGGCACAGGAGCAUGUGGGACCGUACGGAAAAACCGCAAAGAGUUUCCACAGCAGCUGGUGAGACAACGUUUACAGAGAGGCACAUCACUCAGUUACCAACAGGAGGAAAUGAUGGCUGUCAAAUUCUCAGACAGAAAAGAAGUCUAUAUGCUGACAACAAUCCACCCAGAGGGCACAGUGACUGUAACAGAACGGGGGUCAGCUACACCGAAGGAAAAGCCACUGUGCAUUACGGCAUACAACAAAUACAUGGGUGGAGUCGACCUCUCUGACCAGAUCUUGCAGCCCUACCUGGUGCUGAGGAAAUCUAAAACCUGGUAUAAAAAAGUGGCAAUAUAUCUUAUCCAGGUGGCAAUCCACAAUUCAUUUGUCCUUUAUAAAAAAUUUGGUGGUACUGACACCUUCCUGCAGUACCAGGAAAAAAUUAUAGAACACCUGAUGUUUCAAGAAGACCCCAGACAACCUGCAGAAUCAGAGGAUGUUAGGAGACUAACAGAAAGACACUUUUUGCGUCCUAUCCCAAUCACAGCAAGCUGCAAAUUCCCCAGGAAGAAGUGUCGUGUGUGUGGCAAAAAUGGCAAAAGAUGCCAUACUCGUUACCACUGUCCCACGUGCCCUUCCAAUCCAGGCCUGUGCCUCGACCCUUGCUUUGAAAUUUACCACACCAUCCCACAUUAUUAG